GAAAGAUAUUGUUGAUUCUCGAUUUGGUCGUCAUGAUCUGCAUCUUUUCAUUUUUCUAAGUAAUAUUAAAAUGACAAAACAAGCAGACAAAGCAUAGACGAUUGAAAGAUUCUUCUACACUCGAAUGCGGCACUCCUCAUUUCUUUUUUCCUAAUUCACUCCAUCCAAUACGUUUCUCUUUCCCAAUUGGCACCUUUCUCAUCCUUACUAUGCUUUUGCCAGCCGAACUCUCUGUUUAUAACAAACCCACGUCAAUUUGAUAUUAUCUUUCGGACAUUCCUGCUCUGUUGCUUAUACGUUAGGAUUAUCUAGACCGAAGUAUUAGGCUUCACGGCAUCCAACCACGUAAUCUGUUACUUCUCUGAAUCAACACACUAUAAAUUUCUGUGGUUCAACAGAUUUAAGACUCAAUAUGUCCCUGUCAAUGUCCCAGACAGUAAUUUUCAGAGAUUUGCAGAUGGCUUCCCACUCUCAUGCUUAUCUCAAUGAUUGCAAACCUGCUGUUUCGAGGAACCCAAAUUGCCAAGCUAUGAUUUUACAGCCAAAAAGACAAGUGGGUCUUGCCGCAGCACUACCUGACAGGAAGAGCGGCGGAAGCAGCAUUAAUGCUACUCUUUCUACUGGUGGCUUCACGAAAAUUGGACAAGCAUGGAAUUCGCAUGAAAGAGGCACGCUUGUUGUGAGAGCAGCAGCAACUGCUGAGAAGCCCAGAAAACCUUACCCAGGUGAAGAAAAGGGAUUUGUGGAGGAAAUGAGGUUUGUGGCUAUGAAACUCCACACCAGAGAUGUGGCCAAAGAGGGGGAAAAGGAGCCAGAUAGUCAGCCCAUUGGCAAAUGGGAGCCUACAAUUGAAGGUUAUCUCAAGUUCCUGGUGGACAGCAAAGUGGUGUACGACACCUUAGAGAAUAUAGUACAGAAGGCAUCUCAUCCCACCUAUGCCGAGUUCAGAAAUACAGGAUUGGAAAGGUCAGAAAAUUUGGCAAAAGAUUUGGAAUGGUUUAGACAACAGGGACAUGCAAUUCCAGAUCCUUCUUCCCCAGGAACAUCGUAUGCAAAUUAUUUACAAGAACUAUCUGAGCAAGAUCCACCAGCAUUCAUUUGCCACUUUUAUAAUGUAUAUUUUGCACACACUGCUGGAGGUCGAAUGAUUGGGAAAGCGGUUGCUGGAAAGAUUCUUGGUGGAAAGGAACUGGAGUUUUAUAAAUGGGAGGGAAAUCUGAAAAAGUUGUUAGAUCGUGUGAAGGAGAAGAUCAACAAGGUUGCGGAGGCCUGGUCACGGGAAGAGAAAAAUCACUGUCUAGAAGAAACUCAGAAGUCCUUUGAAUACUCUGGAAAACUCCUCCGCUUGAUUAUCUCAUGAUCAAGUGCUCUACCAAGUUCAUCCUAUGGUGUAGAUUUAUCAAGAGAAGCUUCCAGCAUUCUUGGAUCCUGCAUUAAUAAAUUCCAAUAGUUUUUAUAUUGUCAUAUGGUUGAAUCAAUUUGCAUUCUAACAAUUAUCCAUUUAUCAUUUGUGCAUCCAUAGUUGUAAUCCUUUCAAUUCUGUCAACAAAUAAAGACAGAUUUGUAUCUCAUCAGGCCAUUUCCUUCAAUAAAGAUACUUGAGGGAAAUGGAUUAAGUAUAUAUGGAAGCUUUACUUUCAGUUGUUCCCAAUUC